UAUACUGGGCCGACAUAGGAGAACCAGCAAAAAUUGAAAAGGCAGGGAUGAAUGGAGUUGGCAGAAGGAUACUAGUCAACAUUGGAAUUGAGAAGCCUACUGGGAUUGCAUUGGACUAUAUAAAGAAACGUGUUUACUGGGUGGACUCUAAUCUCCAUGAAAUUUUCUACACUGAUCUGAAUGGACUUUAUCACAGAAGUGUCUUUCACUCUCCGAAGUACUUGGCUAAUCCAUUUGGGCUGGCAGUCUUUGAGGAUCGUGCCUAUUGGUCAGAUGUGGAUGGCAAGGCUGUGUACAGCAUUAACCGGUUUAGAGGAGCGAAUGUGACAGUUCUGGCACUAAAUCUCACCGACCCACGAGGCCUUGUCAUGUUUCACAGGCUGAUGCAGCCAAUUGUGCGGAACUGGUGUGUUGAAGAACAUGCUGCUUGUGAGUACCUGUGUGUGCCUGCUCCUUACACUGAGCAACAGUACACAUGCUUGUGCCCAGAUGGUGUGAUACCCAUCGGGUCUGGACAUACAUGUGAAAAAGAAACAGACUCCGGCGCUUCCUCGCGGGAGCGGGACGACUCCGGCGCUUCCUCGCGGGAUGACCUGAACCAGCUUGAUGCUGUAUCUGUUGGAAUUAUCGCUCUGAUUGGCAAGUUUCUUUUUGUUGCACAUUAA